AUGCGAUCAAGUCCAAGCCCUCCAGAAGACGCGCAGCACUUUCGCGGCAGUACCCUCACGCCUGAGUCACCCAAGCCCCUCCACCAUCCAUCGCCCUCCAAUAUUCCUAUUCUUGAGAAGCAGAUGGACCCGAUGCUCGGCGAGCCAGCACUGAGCAUAGGUACACCCGUCUCCUACCAACAGUAUCCGCAGCAGACACAGACGCCGAGCGCAAAUUCCUCCACGUCGUAUUACGCCGAUGCCUCGCAGAACGCUCAGAUUGCGCCCGCUGUAGGCGCCGGUGUUUCCCCAGGAUACACAACACAAGGGCACACUGGGCAGCAAGAUACACCUGCAAUGCACAAUUUCUCACAGCCUUCAGCCUCGUUUAGUGACGCAAACCAUGCGCCUGCUCAAGAACACCGCAAUUCCUAUGCCUUUGAUGCCAACGCCUUUGCCAACCAACAGAAUCUCCAAGCCCAGUCUCCCAAUGUCGCGAGCGUCGAUGUCCAGGCCUUGCUUGACCAGUUGUCAACACCAGGAAACGCCGCGGGCUCUAGCCAAUAUGCGCCGCCCACUGUGCCUCCCCAGCCCUCCCAGCAAUCCACCAAUGCCUCCUCGCUCCCAGCCGCCCCUCAUCUACCUCCACGACCGCCGCCGCAAGAAAAACCGUCGACCCAUCCGAACUAUAACCCCAAUGAUGAUAUUCGAUCCUUCCAUCCGCACAGCAGCCACCGAGGCUCCAUCCAAUUACAGCCGCUGAAUGUACGAGGGGGCACCGGAGGCGCUGAUAAGAUGAGUCCAACUGUAGGCUCCGCUUCUUCCGGAUACGGCCAGCGCCAGUCGCAAGACUUUAACCGCAGUGGGUCACACGGGGAUGACGAAGACUCUCGAUGGCCCCCGGAGGUGAACAAGAAGUAUGAAGAUUUUCUGGAUCAGGAGCGCCGAUUUGUGACAGAUGGACAAUGGGAUCAAUUUCCGAUGGGCUCCAGGCUGUUCAUUGGAAACUUGCCCACUGAAAAAGUGACAAAACGGGACAUUUUCCACCGAUUCCACCGCCACGGUGACCUCGCUCAAAUAUCCAUCAAGCAGGCGUAUGGUUUUGUGCAAUUUCUCACUGCCGAGUCAUGUUCUCGGGCUCUCCGAGCGGAACAAGGACAACAGGUGCGUGGCAGAAAGAUGCACCUCGAAGUCUCCAAACCGCAAAGAAACACGAAAAAGGCCGAACCUGACCGUAAUGCCGGACGGCGGCGCUCACGUUCUCCCGACUACGGUCGUGGCAGCCGGAACGCAAACCCUCUAUCUCCACCCGACAAUCGACGGUUCCGGGACGACUAUCGGCCUACGCGAUCCCCCUCGCCUCGCAGGAAUCAGGGUUAUCGCGCGAGAGACCCCUCUCCCGAUAGAUACCGGCGUCGACGCAGUAGCUCAAGGUCCCCUCGUCGAUACCGCAGCCCGUCUCCGCGACGAGGUUCAACUCCUGACUUGUCGCUGCCAUUCCGUGCUCCACACGAGGUUCCUGAUGUACAGGUACUGGUACUCGACGAAGGAGUUCCGCGAGGUUUCAUUCGCUGGGUCGAGGAAACCUUUGAACGUGCGAGUCUUCGCGUUAACGUACUCAUCCUGAGCCCACGACUAAAUGAGAACGCCGUUGUUAGGCGACAAAUCAUUGAGGGUGUUCUCGCAAUCGUCAGAUUGAACAGCGGUUCCAUUCCGAGAAGCACGAUCCAUGUGCAGCUCUUCGACCGGAGCCGUGGCAACGAUAACGUCUCAUAUAACGAGUAUGCCGACCUUGAUCCGCCGACGGCUGUUGCCCUUGUAGCCGACGCGAAACAGAAAAGCCGUUCUUUCUCUGUGCAGCAACCAGCACCGCCUACAUACGGUCAAACAUACGGUGCUCCUGCUGUAAACCCUUACGCACCCCAUGUACCGACGGCCAAUGCAGCCAUUGCACCGAACCUAACCAACCUCAUCUCCACCCUUGAUCCGAACAGCUUAUCCCAACUCCUUGGAGCAAUGUCUGGCAACGGUGCACAACAGGCCCCGCAAGCGCAGGCUGCGCUCACGCCUGAUCUUGCGCGCUUGCUAAGCUCUGUUUCAACUCCUGCCGCGGCUCCCGCGUACAAACCGCCAACAGCACAGCCAUUUCCGGCACCUUAUCAGCCUCAGCAACCGCAGCCAGCUGUCCAGGCACCCGGAAAUCUGCCGGUUACUAACUCAUAUGUAUUGCCCCAGAAUACACAAUACAUUGGCCAACCGGCGCAAGGUGCUAAGGCACCAGACAUGGCAGAGAUCAUGGCACAGCUUGCGAAGUACCAGCGAUGA